AUGGAUAGAAAGCGGGGAAUAUUCCUUGUUCCCCCACCACCGCUAGCUGUUGUCGUGGAGGACAUGGCUCAAAAAAUCCAUUGCAAGGAGGAGAGGGUGCGUGGGAAAAAGAGGAGUACAGCACACAUUCCUAGAGGGAGCCAGGAGAAAAGGAGAAGCACAAAGAAAACUAAAAAAGAAGAAGACGAAGAAGACAAGGAGGAAAAAGAUGAUAAAGACCGUUUGAAUGGAGUUUCGUACACAGUUGAUUUGGAAACUGGUGAGUAUAUUGUAAAAGAAGAAACCGAUAGAAGGGACGAUUUAGGUGAAGACGAACCCCCUUCUUCUCUCCUUCCUGAGCCAGAAUUUUCUCUUGAAGAGGCCCUUCAGCUUUUCCUGGAGGGUGAAGGGAUAGAACGUGAAGAAAGUGAAGCUAGCGUAAGCGAGAGCUCUGGCUCCCCAUCGCGGCUGACAGAGGAGCUAGACCUCUUAGAGGAAAUGAUACAUGGCCCUGCUUAUCCACCACCUCAUCAUAGGCCAAUACAGGGUACGGGGCAGGGCAGCAUCAGGAGGUAUAAACGGCAUUUGCUAUACACAGCAUUACGCCUAAGAAGCCUUUCACCAUUACUCGGCUGUAUGCCACCUAGGGAUCCAGUUAAUUUCCCUCAUUAG